GGGUGGUUCGUCUUCCCCGUUGCAUUUUAAAACUAACUGCCGCAGUGAAGUUUUGUGUACUGUAAAUUAGUUUCCGUCCUUGGUCAUUUCUGCCCCCAGAAGCUCACCGAUUAAGUGGCGUGACAAGAGCUGUUGGUAAUCAAAACUAGCCUGCUCUUAGAACUCUUAACUCUGAAGAGGAAAGUAAAAUGAUGAGGGAACUGCAACUCGGUCACAACUUACCUCCCUUAGAUGAGGAGCUGUCGCUUGUUCUGAACGAGUGGGGUAUUCUGUCCCCUAAUGAAAAGUGUACCGAGACCAGUUGUUUCUUAUGUAAUUAGUAAGUGGUCGACAGUACGAUUUAAAAGUUCCCCUGCAGCCGACCGCAUCCUAAAUGGGCCCGGCCCCGGGGUGGCAGUGCAGUCUUCUCUUCCGGAUCGCCGCCUGGGGGGCGCUCUAGCGCGCCUCCGCGGUGGAGUCGCAACUUUCCCGAUGGGUCGUUCUUUGUGCGGGGACGCGCGGCCCGCGGCCGGUCGGCGCUCAGGUCCCAGGCCGCCCGGCCCCCGCCCCUCCCCUGCCGCCCGGCCUCCCCGCUGGAGCUGCACAGGACUUGGGAAAAGAGACGCAAGUCCUCUGCCCGCGGUGCACCCAGCGUGGUCUCUUAGGGCCGCGAGGGGGAGAGAGUCGCGAGGAGUUCGGUUCUGGGCUGCACUGGUCACUUGCUCUGGUAAAGGAUCUGCCCUGGAAACAUCGCCGAGGCCUUGCCAGCACCCUUCCUGCGGCCUGUCACACACGGUUUGAUUCCUGAGGACUGGCCCCAGCUGUCUGUGCUCAACAGGGAGCAGAAGAGCAGACAAGACAGGUCACACUUAACCUUCACAAAAGGAAGUCCACAGAGUGUCUGCACGGAGCCAGCCACCCAGCUCAGUGAAGGAUGCCAGGGUGGGGACGUUUGGCUGUGCCCGGGUCCUCGUUCUACAGUGUGUUCGAUUCUUGUGCAAUCUCAGCAAAAACGGUAUCAAAAGAAAAUAUUUUGUGAAAUAAGAAGCUCGUUUGAUGUUUUUAAUGACCAACCUAUCUUAAGAUGGACAUCUGUUCCAUAGAAUGUGAAGUUCCAUGGUCUCGAAAAAGCAAAUGCCUGUUUAACACUGAUUCUAAAUAAACAUGGACAUCAGAAUGUUUGUUAGUGGCAGAAGAGUGAAAAAAUGGCAUUUUCUCCAGUUAUGUGCCACUUGUUUUAUACUGAGCCUCAUGGUGUUUUGGGAACCAUUUGAUAAUCACAUUGUGAGCCACAUGAAAUCCUACUCUUACCGAUACCUCAUAAAUAGCUACGACUUUGUGAAUGAGAGCCUGUCUCUUAAGCGCAGCGAGGAUGGGGCUACUCGCUACCAAUACUUGAUUAACCAUGAGGAGAAGUGUCAAGCACAAGAUGUCCUCCUUUUACUGUUUGUGAAGACUGCUCCCGAAAACUACGCCCGACGCUCUGCAAUCAGGAAAACGUGGGGCAAUGAGAAGUAUGUUCAGUCUCAACUUAAUGCCAACAUCAAAACUCUGUUUGCCUUAGGAGCACCUUCUAAUCCACCAACAAGAGAAGAACUGCAAAGGAAACUGUUUCAGGAAGACCAAGUAUACAAUGAUAUAAUUCAGCAAGACUUUGCUGAUUCCUUCUAUAAUCUUACUCUUAAAUUACUUAUGCAGUUCAGUUGGGCAAAUACCUUUUGUUCCCAUGCCAAAUUCCUUAUGACUGCUGAUGAUGACAUAUUUAUUCACAUGCCAAAUCUUAUUGAAUACCUCCAAAGCUUAGAACAAAUUGGCGUUCAAGACUUUUGGAUUGGUCGUGUUCAUCGUGGUGCGCCUCCCGUUAGAGACAAACACAGCAAAUACUAUGUCUCCUACGAGAUGUAUCAGUGGCCAGCUUACCCUGACUAUACUGCUGGAGCUGCCUAUGUGAUCUCGAAUGAUGUCGCUGCCAAAGUCUAUGAGGCCUCGCAGACACUUAACUCGAGUCUUUACAUAGAUGAUGUGUUCAUGGGCCUCUGUGCCAAUAAAAUGGGGAUAGUACCACAGUACCAUGUGUUUUUCUCUGGGGAAGGUAAGACUCCUUAUCACCCCUGCAUCUACAAUAAAAUGAUGACAUCUCACGGACAUGUACAAGAUCUUCAGGACCUUUGGGAGGAUGCCACAGACCCUAAAGUAAAAGCAAUUUCAAAAGGAUUUCUUCACCAGAUAUACUGCAGGAUCAUUAAAAUAGUUUACCUUUGCAGGUUGACCUAUGUGGACACAUAUCCUUGCAGGGCUGCUUUCGUUUAAUAGAACUUGAAUGUUACACGUUCUCACUGUCACUGAGCCAAACCUGAAUGCAGAACCUUUAAAUGUUCAUCUCUACCCUAAGUGAAGUAUGAAUAGGAGAAAAAACAAAGAAAUAUUUUGAAAGCUCAGUCUCUCCCAAGAUUUCUUGGAUUCUAGGAGCAUGUCCCCCACCCCACAAAUUGAUUUGUAGAGGUGGGGGAGAGAGCAACGUCACUGUGAGGAAACACUCUGACUGGGAAUCAAACCCACAGUCUUUGGUACACAGGCUGAUGCUCCAACCAACUGAGCCACCCAGCCAGGGAAUGGAUAUUUAGGAAAGGCUUAUGAAAACAAAACUAAAAAGAAGUUCAAGUUCCCAAUGCCACAUGUAUAUGUGAAGUAUAGACAAGUUAUUAAGAAAUCUUGCUGUUAGAACAACUGCAUUUGGAAAAUACUAAAUGUACAGGAUAACAUUUCAAAGAAAGGAAUAUAUUGUUAAACUAGGUAUAAAAGUCAAUUUUUAUUGAAGAGCACUUGAUGGAAACCGUGGGGGCCGGGGAGGAUUGGCAGAGGAGAAAGUACAUGAAUCUGGUAAAAGAAAGUCUCGUGUUCUUAGAGGAGAUUUAGGAAAAUGCACAGCAGGCCCUGGAAUAGCCUGGUUUUGUUAGGCCUCGUUUUAUAAUGUUGAUAAGAUGCUGCUGGAACUUAACUCUUGUUUAUAUCAGUUAACCUACUGUAAAAUUGUUUCAUUAUAUGUUGUUUUGCAGCAGUUCCAACAACUUAUUGACAAUGUUUAGUGAGAACUUACUGUACAUUUUCUUUCUCAACAGCCAAAUCACCUAUUGUUACAUCCCUGAAGCUGUUUUACCUAGAUGGUGCUGGAGCCAUUUAAAACAUAUUUAUGUCUUUUUUUUUUCCCAAAGUUGAAUGUAAAAUUAGAGAAGUCAUUAGUUCUGCCCUAACUGGUACUUCACACUUUUUUUUAAGUCAUUAGAAAAUGACACAAAACAGGGGCAACUUGUUACCCAUCAGAUCUUUCUGUGGGGAGAAAUCAUUGCUAAUUCAAAUAAGCUGGUUUUAAUUCAAUGAAUUUUUCAACUGGUUUUUAAAUAUUCAAUAUAGGUCUGUUUUUAAGAUAGUUAUUUGAAUGUAGUUUACAUAGAGGAAUAUAAGGCUUCAAAAAGGAAAGAAAACUUUAAAAACCUCUUUCCUCCAUAAUUUAUAAAAUAAAAUUCUUAGUGUCUAAGUUAUUAGAAUGAUUAUUCAAAUUAGCCCACCCUUCCCCAACAAGGUCUGUAAACCACAGUGCUUUUUGAGGUUCAGAUUUUAAAAUUGAGGGUAUUAAACAUCACAUCAAAGCUAUGGUAUCUUUUUAAAAAGCUAUUCUUUUGUUAAAAUAACUAUCAGGUAUUUUCAGCUUUUCAAUAUUUCAAACUCGAAAUUGGAAUGAAAGGUGGAAAAGUGGCCAGAAUGAGGUUUAAAGCGUUUGUAAAGCUGUGUGCUCCGUAUAAUCAGAGACGUGGCCGAGAUCUGAUAGAGUAAGUAAGGGUCGUCUGUUUGACAAGGCAGAGCAGCAAUGUGACCUCGAUGCCAACGAGCUUCUCUCACUACAGAAGGAACUACGUGAUGUGUGCCACUAGGAGGACUGGAUGAAGGCCAAAAUGACAACUCCAGCGAAAGCUGUUGAACCGAUUAUAGAGACUUUGUCUGCAGAGGUGUCCGUUAGGGAAAACUAAGGUGUUUCUCUUAUUUAAUUAGAUAAUUAUUGUUUGAAACAUGGAAGAUAAAACAGUUAAAAAAAUUCUCAGUAAACACAGCUAGAUGGUGGCAUAUAUAAUUUUUUGCAGGUAGCUCUUUAAUGUUUAUGGAAUCAAAUUUUUCUUUCAAAAAUCGACGCUCAUUUAUAUUGAUUGCUCAGAUAAUUCAGAAUUUUUAACUACUGUCAAAACUAUAGUGUCAACCAUUCUAGUCUGCAGUUACUUUAGGUUCAGGGUUUUUAGGUCAUUACAGUUAAAAUUUUCUGAUGAACUUCAGAAACUGCAGAGGAUAAAAGCACAUUUUGACAAAGCAGAUUUAUAAUUAAUUUUUAUUUGUUGAUUCUUUCAUAACCAUUUGACUUUUGGCCAUACACAUAUGCUGUGUAUCUGUACUUGUAACUUUAAAUUUCUCCUUGGAUGACAACAUCAGUAUCUCUGGCCAUCGAAAUGAUCUUGUUUACAGCCAUACUUUGGUGAAGCAAUUAUUUAUUUAUGAGAGAGCUCUCCUCAAAUGUGUUCAUCUUUUUAUUUCUGCUUUUAAUUUAAAGGAAAUAUGAAAGCACUUCCUUUUGUAACAAGAAGGGUAUUGCUAGAUGCUUCCUUCAUCACACUUAAAGUGCUGAGAAAAAUAUUUGUAAAUACAGUAAAAGGCUUCCAACCUUUAAAAAAGGAAGAUAAAUCUUUGGUGCUCCAAUGCAAGGCUGUCUUAAAAACCAUAAACAAAGGGAAAAUAGACUGUCAGCCUGAAUGGUCACUCAAGCAGAAAAGAUGGUUGUAUGCAGUGUUAUUGUUAAAAACAUUUUACCUCUUAGUUGGUUUGCAUCUUGUUUUUCAUAUUAUUAAUUUUAUACCAAAAUGUUAAAUAAUUAUAUUAUUUGAAUUUUGCUUAUAUGUUUAAUUCGUGUUUUUUUUAAAAUAAAUCUGUGA